AAAGUCACCUGACAGACUGGUGUUGGUAAGGAGAAAUUCAAAGCCGAGAGCCCAUUUCAGUUUUGUGGGAGAGACCUCUUCAAAGUGAGCAAUAGCUGUUAUUGUUUUGUUCCUGACCAGGAGAUUUAGACUAAAACAAGUGUUUUAAAGUAAACAUUAUGAAGAAACCACAAAUAUUAAGAGCUUAUUACACCGAGCAAUAAACCACUCAACAGAAGCACACAACAGAAGCAUUUUCCUUGUGCCUUCGUAUUUCUGCUUGAUAAUAAUGAAUAAGUUUCUGAUUGUAUUUGAUUUUGAUGAGACCAUCAUUCAACACAACAGUGACUAUGUCAUCCUCAAAUGUAACCCAGACCAAAGUCUUCCAGAAGAAUUGCUUCAGCCCCAGGAGGAAAAAUUUUGGAGAGAAUAUAUGAACAAGGUAUACCAGUAUUUUGGAGAAAAGGGUGUCAAAGAAGAAACAAUGAGAAAGGUUCUGGCAGAAACCCCACUUACUAAAGAGAUGGUAAAUCUCUUUCAGUUUCUUAAAAAGUCCUCAGAUUUAUUUGAAUGCAUUAUUAUUUCUGAUGCCAACACGUUUUUUAUCAAUAGCAUUCUUCAAGCAAAUGGCCUAUCCACUAUCUUCCAGAAAAUAUACACAAAUCCUUCAUGUUUUGAUAACAAAAACACCUUUACAAUAAGUCCCUACCACUCCCACAUGUGUAAGCAGUGUCCUAUCAAUAUGUGCAAAAAGCAAAUCCUGCAUGAUCAUUUAGUGCAACGUGCUGAAGAGGAAGUUGAAUUUGAGAAAAUCUUCUAUGUUGGAGAUGGCACCAAUGAUUUCUGCCCUUCUGUAGCUUUGACACCAACUGAUUUCAUCUUUCCAAGGAAGAAUUACCCACUGGAUAGUUUGAUCUCUAAAACCAAAAUGACUGAACCAUCAACCAUUCAAGCUCAAGUGGUUCCCUGGGAAUCUGGAGAAGAUAUAUUGCUCUUCCUUGAAGAUUGCGCAGGAAGAUAAAUAUUACACCUAGAUCUCUAAAAGAGCUUCAGAGAGAAUUACCAGUUUUCCAGUAGUCAUUUAAAAGCUUUGUUUUGGGAAACAGUGUAGUAAAAUUGCAUGAUUAUAAAGCUUACUGAAAUACGUAAUGUAAUAAUUUUCCCAGUUCAGGGUCUAAUGCUAUUUCCCUAUGUCAACAAUACUAGUUAUUUGAUCAACAAUCUAAAAGCCGUGAUUAAACUCUAAUUGUGAACA